AUUAAAACAACCUGUUUUCAUCUUUCCAUAGGUAUGAAUCCUAGGACUCAGAAUAAGGAUUCUCUAGAGGACAGUGUUUCUACCUCUCCAGACCCAAUUCUGACACUGUCUGCUCCCCCUGUAGUGCCAGGCUUCUGUUGCACAGUUGGAGUGGACUGGAAGUCUCUCACUACUCCGGCGUGCCUCCCCCUCACCACCGACUACUUCCCCGACCGCCAGGGCCUGCAGAACGACUACACGGAGGGCUGUUACGAUCUCCUUCCGGAAGCAGACAUCGACAGGAGGGACGAGGAGGGUGUGCAGAUGACGGCCCAGCAGGUGUUUGAAGAGUUCAUCUGCCAGCGUCUCAUGCAGGGCUACCAAAUCAUAGUGCAGCCCAAGGCGCAGAAACCCAACCCUGCCGUCCCGCCCCCACUGAGCAGCAGCCCACUGUACAGUCGAGGCCUUGUGUCCCGAAACCGCCCUGAGGAGGAGGACCAGUACUGGCUGAGUAUGGGCAGAACGUUCCACAAAGUGACGCUGAAGGAUAAGAUGAUCACAGUGACACGUUACCUUCCCAAGUACCCUUAUGAGUCUGCCCAGAUCCACUACACCUACAGCCUCUGCCCUUCCCACUCAGACUCGGAGUUUGUGUCUUGUUGGGUGGAAUUCUCCCAUGAGCGGCUGGAGGAGUACAAGUGGAAUUACUUAGAUCAGUAUAUCUGUUCGGCCGGCUCUGAGGACUUCAGCUUAAUUGAGUCUCUGAAGUUCUGGAGGACCCGUUUCCUGCUGCUGCCAGCCUGUGUCACUGCCACUAAGCGCAUCACAGAAGGGGAAGCCCACUGCGACAUCUAUGGGGACAGGCCCCGGGCAGACGAGGAUGAGUGGCAGCUCUUGGAUGGCUUUAUCCGCUUUGUGGAGGGUUUGAACCGGAUCCGCAGGCGACAUCGCUCGGAUCGCAUGAUGCGGAAAGGGACCACCAUGAAAGGCUUACAGAUGACCGGGCCCAUUGCCACACACUCCCUUGAGUCGACCGGCCCCCCGGUUGGGAAGAAGGGAACCUCAGCUCUGUCUGCCCUGUUGGAGAUGGAGGCCAGUCAGAAGUGUCUAGGAGAACAGCAGGCAGCUGUGCUUGGUGCCAAGAGCUCCUCCCAGCCGGCUGAGAGCAGCAGUGUUGCCAUGACUCCCACCUACGUGGACAGCCCACGAAAGGAUGGGGCCUUCUUUAUGGAGUUUGUCCGCAGCCCGCGCACAGCGUCGUCCGCCUUCUACCCACAGGUGUCUGUGGACCAGACGGCCACCCCAGUGUUGGACAGCACCAGUUUGGGGGUAAGCACAAGCCAAUCUGUGGAUAGAGGCAACAGCCAGGCCUUUGGGAACUCCCAGAACUCAGGGGAACAGAGCUUCCCCUCUGCAAACUCCGGUGACAGCAGGUGAGAUUCAGAAUGACCGAACUUAUGCUCCUGGGCACUGGGGAUGGUCUGGUCUCAAAGGCUGUGGAGCCUGGGAGUCCAGAGUCCCAGACCCACGUUCUGACUCAGCCAUGAGUUCUACCUGGAAGCCCGGGGCACUCAGGUCUUAGCAGCACCUAUUUGAUGGGGCUCAGGAUCUGUGCCCUGCCUGCCGUACCAGAUAGCUAACAGGUGCCCACAGAGACACAGGAAAGUGUCAGACAUUGUGCAGGAGUGGGCUUUGGGAAAGGGGCCAGGACCCAGUCUGUCCUGUUGAGUCUGGCACCCAGCAUGACACCUGGUGCGUGACUGCGGACGUCAGUAUCGACAGCUUGAGGAAAUGAAUGAGCAGCAGGUUGUACCCGACCACGGCUGUCCUUUUCCUAUUCCUGAGUUUCCAGAGGAAAAAGAAGCUGCUUGGACCUCAUUUACUUGAGAAAGAGCCUCAGCUUUUAAUGCGAUUCGUCACAUCUGAAAAGCUUCUUUUUUUUUUUUUUAAAAGAUU